AAGUCCCACAUCAAUACGUAUAUGUGGUCGGUUUUUCUCGGUUAACAGUAGACUAACUUCUAGUUACGCUCAUACAUCGUCUAUCUCGUACCAGACUCUUCAACAGCGCUUUCUGUGUUGUUUCUCAAACGAAUACCACAUCGAUCGAAUCUCAGCAUAUUAGACGCACCAGUUCCUCUUGCCCAGACCUAUUACACCGUACUUUUGUCGUCGUCCGCGAACGGACCGGAAAUCGAAGCACCGAUCAUGAACGAUACAGCAGCGAAUUUCAGUUCAACAACUACGUCGGCGACGAUGACAGGCUUUAUGCCGCAACCGCACUGCGGCCGAGGGACCCUCGACAUAAUCUGGAGCUGCCUAUCGACAUCGAUCCUCGCCGUUUGGGUUUCAGUUCACAUUGAUAUCGAUUUCCCAGGUGGUAUCGAGUUCCCAGGUGGUAUCGAGUUCCCAGGUGGUAUCGAGUUCCCAGGUGGUAUCGAGUUCCCAGAAAGUUGGGACGAAACCCCUACAUGGCGCUCUGCAUUGAGACAAGCCUGGAACGGAAGGCCCGUCCAUUUUCCACUAUCAGCCGCCUCGAUGAAGAUACCAUACGCCAUUUAUUUUACGUUAUUUCCAGAGGAUGCGGUGACCUGCGCCAUCAGCGACCUUUACCUUGCUUUAUAUUGGAGAAAAGAGAUGCGGUAUAUCACAGUGUUUGAGGAAUUUAGUCUUCAACAAGCCUUCCUGAUGGUCUCCUGGGGUAUACGCGUGGAAACAGAUUAUGAGAGCAAGUUCUACAAGGUAUAUCCUGUGUACAUGCUUAGGGAUCUUGCACGUGAGGGUAUAAUUGCGUUCAAAAAUUUCCCCUCAAAGGAGGAUAUCGACGACCGCAAAAAGAGCGACCGGCUGCUCAAAUCGAUAUCCAUUUUCCAGACCUUAUGGUUUCUCGCCACCAUCAUAUAUCGCCUUUGCACUGGCCUUCAGAUUUCGUUGCUCGAAGACCUGACCGCAGCACAUGCAAUCUGUGGCCUCGUCCAGUUCAUUGCGUGGUUUAGCUGCCCUCAAGAUAUCAGGAGACCUUUCAUCAUCCCUCGUAUCAAAAAAGAAGAGGACCUCCCCAAAGUUGUGCAUAAAAGUCGUCAGAAAUUGCACUUUUGGGAUAGAACCGAGUUUUUUGGUUUUUCGCUGUUCAACUGCGCCGUCUUUGCAGUCAGUGUCGCAGUAUUCACAGGGAUUCACUUGGCGGCUUGGAGGUACUCAUUUGCAUCUGUUACGGAAAUGUGGCUCUGGCGUUCCUGUUCUCUCGCAACAGUCUUCGUGUUGCCUCCUAUAUUUAUUAGUUGGGGUCUUCUAAGCACUGGGAGGACAAAAUCGCCUGUUGUGCAAGCUUCAGUCAUGAUUUUGGGUUUCUUCUAUGUCUCUUUACGGCUCACUAUCAUCUCUCUGGCAUUUGCUGCUUUCAGAAAGGCUCCCAUGGGCAUCUACAAAGAUGCAACCUGGACGGAUCUCAUACCACAUAUCUAAAGGAUUAAGCCGGCAGGGAGGGCGG